AUGCACUCAGAUGACAGUCUCGAGUUUGUUCUCGUGAACGAUGAGGAUGUGAACGACUACAAUGAAACUGGCAUUGCUCCGCAGCCUCCAGAUGUCCUUGUCAAGAUCCAGGAAUGGCUUCAGCCUACAGAUUACAACUCCGAAUCGAGCGAGUAUCACAAGCAUCUGAAUUCAUAUCUCCGGGGAACCGGAGAAUGGGUCCAAGAAACUGAAGCUUAUCAACAAUGGCACAGUUCACCUGAAAUUGGUUCUCUUUGGCUGAAAGGGACUGCCGGCGCUGGAAAGAGUGUGCUCGCUGCCAUGCUUGCCGACAAAUUGGCCAAGACCGAGGAAGUUCCAGUGUUGUUCUUCUUCUUUCGACAGAUUAUCGCCACAAAUCACGAUCCUCAAUCGUUGGUAAGAGAUUGGAUAUCUAUGAUUCUGAAUCAUUCUCCAUCCCUUCAAGCGACAUUAUUGCACUUAGUGGAUGAGCGUCGGGGCUUGGAAACGAUAAGUGCGAGUGAGUUCUGGCAGUACCUGGUCCACGCCCUCGUGUCCAUUCCCAAGGUAUACUGCAUUAUUGAUGCCUUGGACGAAAUGGAUAUCGACAAACAAGAUUUCUUCACAAAUAUUGUCAACCUCGGCAAACGGAAGCCGUCAUCGAUCAAGCUUCUAAUUACCAGCAGACCGUUGCCUCGAAUUGAGGCCGUCCUCAGAACCCCAUCAGUACUGCAAAUUCGACUUGAACAGCUCAAGGUAGACAAAGAUAUUGCAGUCUAUGUUGACCAUCGCUUGCAGCUUGCCAGUGUUGAAGGCGAGUUGAGGGCAUCUGUCAAAGAAGCUGUUGGGGGAAAAGCUCAAGGCUCCUUUCUCUAUGCCCGUCUAAUGAUGGACGAACUCCUCGAUCACUUGACUCAAAUGGUUCCCGACAUUAAAUACAUCGAGCCAUCCCUGACAUGGCUUCCACUUACACUUGAAGACAUGUACAAUGGCAUGUUAAUCGACCACUCUCUCCGAUCACGAGUUCCACAGGAUCUUCAGCUCACCAUUUUGCAAUGGGUUACUCACUCACCAAGGCCGCUGCGUCUCCUCGAACUUGCCUUUGUGAUUGAUCUGCAAAGUGGAAGCAACACGAAUAGCAAAGACACAAAGGCAAUUGCUCGUGCAGCAUGCGGUCCGUUACUAGAAAUUCUUGAAGAUGAGACUGUCUCCGUCAUCCAUCAUUCUUUCACAGAGUUUCUGAUGGACCAGGAUAGGAGAUCUAGACCAGCUUCGGAUGGAUAUCAUCCUCAAUUUCCAGUGAUUGAUUCUGCUACCGCACACAAGUCAAUGGCUCUCAUUUGCUUGAAGUAUCUGGAUUCAGGUUGCUUGAAUGAUUGGGCUCUUAUGGAGCGAAAGGUAGACGACGACUUCUAUCGACCGAAGAAGCAAGUCCAACAACCAAUCAUGAUGAAACACCCAUUCUUGGAUUAUGCCAUGAACAAUUUCUAUCUCCACGUCUGCAGGCAUGGUCUGGAUGAGUCGCUUCUUUCCCAACUGGAUGCUUUCAUGAGGCCUGAUAAUUAUGCCUUUUCAGCCUGGGUGGACAUGACAUGGGACAAUACUUACCAACUCGAGAAAAUAUCUCCACUGCACGUUGCAGCAUGGGCAGGAAUGGCCGAUUACGUGGAACAUCUGCUCAAUUCAGGUAAUGAAAGUAAUAGUGGCGAUGGUCGACUUCGUACACCGCUGUCUUGGGCCUCAGCUAAAGGCCACACCGAAGUGGUUGCUUCACUCCUCGAAUAUGUGAUAGAGCCUGACGUGGAUGAUGACCAGGGCCUGAAGCCCUUACAUUAUGCUGCUCAAGGAAACCACCAUAAGAUUGUCAAGCUCCUUCUUGACUCUGGUGUCAGUCCCUUGACUGAGAAGACGAAAGAUUACAAUCGAAGAUGCGGCAAUUCUCCCUCUAGCAUUGGAGAAAGUCCUUUGAUGUACGCAUGUCAGUCUGGUUCUGUCGAGUCCGUCCGGACAAUGAUUCCUUUCCUGACCCCAGAGAAUCUCAAUCAGGCUUUGUGCUGGGCCGCAACGCCUGGCAAAGCGCAAGUGCUGGAUCUGCUUUUAGACGUUCCCGGCGUCCAGGUAGAUCCUCCCGGUCAGCUCGAUACUCCUCUUUUCCUUGCGGCAAAGUGCCUUCAUUUCGAUGCCAUGCGUUCUUUGCUGUCGAAAGGAGCCGAUUCAAACAAAAUAUCAGAGAAUGCACAUCACAUGCAAGGCUACACUAUGCAUGGAAUUCUGGAGAGAGGAAAGACUGGACCAUCACCACUCCAUGCAGUGUGUGGACUUCAUUAUCAAAGCUACACACAUCAAAAUGACGAGGAGAACAUGAAGAAGUGCUUUGGCCUCCUGCUCAAAUACGGAUGCGACAUGAACCCUAUUGACAAAGAAGGAAAGACACCCCUGCAUUACAGCGUAAAGAGCAAGAAGCACUCUUGCAUCUCACUACUGCUCUUGAAAAAUGGGGCAGACCCAACCAGAAGGGACAAGUCUGGUCAUACACCACUCCACCUUCUGGACCUUCACGAAGAUUGCGGCCCAUUGAUCGAGUUAAUGACUGCUAAAGGAGCACGUAUGAACGACCGUGCGUCCGAUGGGAGGACACCUCUCCAUUGUAUGGUGAGUUCUAUCCACGAACUAGAAAUCGAGCCUCUACUCCCUCUGGUGGAUGAUUGGAAUGUGGCAGACUCGAAUGGGGACACUCCACUGCAUGUUCUCCUUUCUCAAUCUUACCAUCCGGAAGCUGGUCUCCAAGUCCUUCUCAAAGCCGGAGCUGAUCUUCACCGCCGGAACAAAAAAGGCGAACUUCCCAUUCAUGUCGUGAAAGAGCUCAUCCCAGGAUUUGGUACAUCGAUCCUUCCUCUACUUCUCGCCGCAGGAGCAAACCUCGAGGCUAAGGACCACAGCGGUGGAACUGUUUUGUCUCGAUUAGCUGAUACCCACACCUUCAAUUUCCAAAAGACCGCUCAGUAUUUGGUCGAAAUGGGUGCCGACGUCAAUUGUUGCGAUUUUGAAGGCAACAGCAUUCUGCAUAGGAUCUGCAGGAAGUCUCCGGACGCCACAUCAAUCAACUUCUUUGUUGAAGCUGGGGUAAACCCGCUCUCUGUCAAUCACGCUGGAAACAAUCUCUUGCAUGAGCUGUUUAAUAGCAGUGUUUCGGCAGAUAGAAUACCUGAUAUACUGGCGAACUUGCUCAAACUCAAAGUUCUUCCAACAGCUAAGAACAACUCAGGUCAAACGCCUCUCCAUAUCGUAUGCAGCCGAGCCUCUCCUUCCUAUGAGUCGAAGGUAAACACCCUAGAUCUUGUCCUUCGAUCUCCGAUCGGAGCAAGCAUCGAUGCUGAAGAUAACAAUGGAAUUCGUCCUGUGCAUCUUGCAGCUGCUACAUCUGAGCAACACCUUUGGAAGCUUUUGAAUCAUGGCGCCGAUAUCCAGGCAGUAACGUACGAAGGAUUGAAUCUUCUCCACGUCUCCGCACGAACAAGACAGCCAAAUACUGUGGGUCUACUCAUCGAAAGGUUGCGAGAAAGUGACGGCCUCAGCCUGUUGAAUGCCGUCGACUAUAGUGGGAGGACAACUUUACAUUAUGCAUGUCGCUCUGGCAGACCAGAAACUGUCUCACUAUUGCUAAAUUCUGGCGCGGACGUGAGUAUCAUGGACAAGGAACUACUGACGCCACUUCACGCCUGUGCCGAGUUCGAAGAAGAGCAAGUCUUAUGGUCCACUCAUCCCACUGGGUGGACACGAGCCUGUGGGAUCCUAAUCAACGAUAAAUCCAGACCAGAUCCAGAUGGUCAAAACAUGUCCUGGAACACCGGUCCAUCAAUCUGGGAACGAGUCCACCCUGGAAAUAAAACAGCAAGAAUCCGAGAGAUCAUUCGUCUAUCAAUCAAGCACGGUGCAGAAAUUGCUUUCUGCGGACAAAUCUCGUCUCCAAUUGAUCUUGCCGUUCGGAGAGGUUGUACCGAUAUGGUACAUGAGCUUCUACCACUCAUGGAACCAAUCUACGCCAAAGCUAAAGAGGAGACUCGGCAGUAUGGAGAAUUAGGAACACGCAGGAACCCCAAGUUCCAAGAGAAAUAUCUUUUCGCCCUCAGCAAUGUAACUCUCCGAGAAGAAGAUGUGCAAGGCUGUUUGCCAAAUAUGUCACUUGCCACUAACCUCCUCAGCUUGGGCCACUUGGACGCCCUCAAACAGCUCCCGAGUCUUGGUGUAGACUUCUCUCCAAAUACGGACAGGAAUUCGGAUUUCCUCACGACUUUAGUCAAGUGUGGAUAUGCAGACUUGUUUCAAGCGAUAGGAGACUCUGUGACCACACCAGGUUGGAUCAACGGGGUUAAUUCUGGCGAGUAUGGCAAGUCGCUUGAUCCUUAUCUGAUCACUGCUGUGAACAGCGAUCUACCUAACCUGGACAUCAUAAAGAUAGCAGUUGAGAGAUUUGGGGCAGAUGUCAACAUUCAGCCUGAAACUAGAGUAUAUCACAGCGGCAACACCGAUGACAAUGUUUUUGGGCCAACUCCUCUCCACAUUUUGGCUAGCGCAAGCCGAUGGUGGCAAACCGAUGCUAUGCAAUAUCUACUGAGCAAAGGUGCAAACACAGAGCUCAAGAACCAACUUGGCCAGUCGGUUCUCAACUAUGCUGUCUGUGAAAGCCGUUCCUCUGGAAGCUAUCGGAGAACAGAGACGGUCAAAAUCCUCCUCGAACAUGGCGCAGAUCCUAACAGCGUGGACAACGAUGGGAUGUCUUCUCUGAACAACUCUAUGCAUGAUUUGGAGCUUGUUACUCUGCUCAUAAAACAUGGCGCUGAUGUGACGCUUGGAGUGAAGCCCGUACUGUUUUCAGCAAUCACGUCGCUAGACGUGGCUGCAGUCUCGGUCCUUUUGAAAGCCGGCGCAGACUGUAAUGCAAAGCAAAGACCUGUCGACAAGCCAAAGCCUGUACAAUACCAUGGAUCCAGGGUUCCUGACGCCGAAUCAACUCCACUUCAUUUUGCUGCGAGCGCGAUUUUCAAUACCCUGGAGGAUCAUCUCGCAGCAAAUGAGAUCGUCAAAUUGCUCUUAGAAAACGGUGCAGAUCCAUACGCGCGAAUCGGUGAGGAUAGAACUCUUGUGCAUGAUAUAUUCAAGACUGGUGGUAUCAUUCAGCCGUUCCUGGAGUUUCAGACACUUGACCUUGAGCAUAGAGACCGUAACGGCCAAACUGUCCUCCUUGCAGCUUCCCAGUCUCGAUGGGGGACACGGGAACCAUCUCAGAUUACCAGCCGUCUCGGAGACUAUAGAACCCAUGACGCGAGAAUGGCAGAAUUGCGAGAACGAUAUGUAGGAGAUCUGUCGGGGUUUCUUUCUGUCUACCAACGAGGUGGAAAAGUGGAAGCAGUAGACAACGCCGGAAACAGCAUAUUCCAUUUCCUCGUGCAAUUGGAUCCAGUGAACAAAUACCAAAAUGGAUUCAAUGCUCUCGCUGAAAAGUGCCAGACGAUCAUCGACCAACGAAACAAGAAAGGACACACACCUCUGCAUAUUGCCCUCGCAAAGUCAAACUGGUGGGCUGUCAAGCGACUCAUGGAUGCAGGUGCAGAUCCACUCCUAAAGGAUCCGGAUGGGAACACACCCCUUCAUCAUCUCGCAUCCACAAAAUCCAUUCAUGCCGAAGACCAACUACAAUGGUUUAGCAAACUCCUCGACCUAGGUAUUGCUAUCGACGAAAGAAACAAUCUGGGCGAGACUGCGCUCUUCAAGUACUUCACAGGUCUCCCUGUCGUAACAAGCGAAAGCCAAGAACCAUUCUCGUCGUUCUUGAAAGCUGGGGCAAACAUGUUUACUAUGAACAACGAAGGCGAAACCUUGCUUCAUCUCAUGGCGAAGAAGGUGAAUCAUAACAAACGACUUGACAUCUACGUCUUCGGCAAGCGCGGUCCAAAUGCAGACGGGUUCAAGUUUUUGAUGAAAAUGGGAUUGAAUCCUAUGACAGAGGAUAAAGACCAUAGAACCCCACUAGAUGUUGCUGCGGCUUGCAGUAAUAAUCUCGUUCUGGACCUCUUCAAGAGAGACAAACCUGCUUCUCCAGAAGUGGUCGUUCAGCAGGAUAAAUCAUUCUCCUUCUUGACAAAAUAG